GGAAACAGGCGAGAAGCAGGCAACCGGUUUCCGCCUUUUCUUCUUGAGACUUUCCUAUCAGGAACCCGAUAUAUAUAUAUAUAUAUAUAGAAUCCAUCUCUCUCUCAUCCUCACGUUCAGCCAAAAACCCUAAACCCUGGUGAUUGACAACAAGAUCUUUACAUAUAACCGAUACACGGGCUGUGGAGAGGAGACGACUAACCCAACAUGUCCCGACAUCUUGAGAUUACGUUAAUAUCGGCGGAAGAUCUCAGAGUUAACCGGAGACCAAUCGCCGGCCGGAGAAACACGUUCGCGGUCGUGAAGACAGAUCCGUUCAACGUUCGUAAGACGAAGCCCGACGAAUGCGGCGGAAGCCAUCCGACUUGGAACGACAAGUUCGAGAUGGAGAUGCCGAUGAACGGGAGAGUCCAGUUCGUGUCCGUUGAGGUAUUAUAUCGAACAGGUUCUGGGUCUGAGAAGCAAAUCGGUCUCGCGACAAUUCCGGCGACAGAUUUCAUAGGAGGUUAUUCACCCGAAGGCCACUUGAACUUUCUGAGUUACAGAUUGAGGGACGAGUACGGAGACAAGAGCGGGAUCGUCAACGUCUCGAUCAGAGUGAAACCCGAUCCCAGAUUCGGUCCCGAAAAGACGCCGACAACGGAGAAGAAGCCGGCAGCGAAUUACAGCGUGUGCUCGUCGCCGGCGGCGGGGUUGUGGCGACCGGCGACGACGAUGACAGCGUUUUCCGGCGGACGAAUUGUCACCGGAGUUCCUAUAUGGUGUGGUGGAAAAGAAGGAACAAUGGCGUAAUAAUGGCAGCCACAGCAACGUACAAGGGUCCAAAUCCGGCUUCAGUUCAAAUAAUGAAUAAACCGGGGGAUCUCUCACCAACGAAACCGGUCAAUAUGCACAUUUAUUAGCUAUCAUCUUUUCUUUGUUUCCGAUUUGAAAUAAAAGUUGCCAAAUUUCAAUGGACUGCACAUGGUUACGGUUAAAUGCACUUGCCGCAUGAGUACAUGGUUUAUCAAAUAUCAUAUAUUAUAUAUUUCCAAACGGAGACGACGUACGAAUUUUAAAGGUUGUCGUGUAUAUAUAUGUUAUGA